GCGUGCACGGCUUGUCUUGGGGCUGAGGACGGCUUAUCACGACUCCGGUGACCGAGCUACUAUCAUUCAUCCUUUCUGUCUUUAGUACAGCCGAAACCUUCCAGACCUCACAUCUCAAAAUGAUCUGCCAGCGAUGCCGGACCGGCAUCCUGUCUCGAUUCCAGCAGCACACGGUUACGUCGCCUGCCCUGUCUGGCGCGCGCCAGCUCUCUCUCCCCAUCCAGCGGGCUCAGUUCCGCAACUACAGUGACGGCAAGCCCACCGUGUCCGCCGCACCGCCGCCGCCCAAGCCCCGACAGCCUGGCGUGAGCGACGUGACCGUCGCGUCCGCCGUCUCCUCCGCCACCCCUGGAGUGUCACAACCAUUGAGCACCCCCACGGACGGCGUCCACAGUGAUGUCCACCCCGGCAAGGCCCGCAAGGUCGUCGAGCGUCCACCGAGCAGCUGCCUUGCUGGCACGAAACUGAACGGGCUCAACUACUUCAAGAACAAGCCUGAUCUGCUCGCUCUGGAGGAUUCGGAGUACCCCGAUUGGCUGUGGGGUUUGUUGGAUGAGGGCAAGAAGGGGAAGACCGAGCAGGGUGGCGUUGAUCCAAGCACCCUGAACAAGAAGCAGCGCAAGCGCUACGAGAAGAAGAUGGCUGCCCGCGCCGCGAACCUCCCUCCCGUGAUCCCGAUCCACGAACAGGCCAACGAUAUCACACCCGCCGCCUACAACCGCGCUCAGGCAGAGGCCCAGGAUACUCUGGUUGUCGCCUCCGAGAGUCUCGAGAAGCGGACCGAGAUCACCCGGAGCGCGAGAGAUGCCCGGAGAAAGAGCAUCAGAGAGGCCAACUUCCUCCGCGGGUUGUAAAAAAUUUAUCUUGUGUAUCUUUGGCGAAUCUGCGAUCUUCUCGGUGGGAGGCUUUUCUUCACGUCGGUCGAUACUGUCCCGACUUACGACCCACAAUGUACAAUGGUAUUGGCAACCCGGGGAAGGGCUGGACGGCUGGGGAGGCGGGGGGUGACUGCGUAUGGAAGAGAGAUAUUUCUCCUUGUAACUCAUAUUCUCAUUUCUUUUUAUCAUGUACUAUUUCCCAAGAACCAGGCGCGAAAUGGAAUGCUUUCAACACUUUCACUUAUUGCAGACGCAGGCUUCACUUGGAGCGACUUCAAAACCCUCCACUGCACCUC